AAUAAAAAACAGGAUCUCCUUAUUAAACGCCGGCGACGAGCUCUAGUCGAUUGGCAAGUGCGAACCAUACACGUUUUCGUUGUUUAAGUUCCCAUAUUGGCGUUUCGUGUCCAUAAAUUAUUAUUAGGCCCACAUCGUGUAAAUCUGUAAAUUUCGAAAAUCAAUAUCCCAAAUUGUUGUGUCGGUCUAAUGUAUACGUCAUAACCAGUGGUCGGCGAGCUUGGAAAUAUAAUUACUUACCCGUCUGUCGCAUACAUAUUAUUGUGUUACAACAAUGAUGGGUACGCGCAACGCAGCCUGCAACUGGCUGCUGGUCGUCGUGGCCGUCUACUUGUGCGUGGGCUGUGCGAAUUCCAGAUCUCCCAGCACUCAUGAAAAUAGAAAACCGGUGAAAGAAACUGUGGAAGAAGCGCAUUCGGCCGAGGCGGAUGUGCCGUCGGAAAACGACAACAACGAAGAGCCACAGAGCGACGUGCAAGAGGGUGGCCCAAUGACAUUGAAGCGACGACCCAACGGAUGUCCUCUGUGCGACACAAGCGUGUACAGUUAUUGCUCCGACAAGCUGCUCCACGACGCCUGCUGUUGUCUGGACCCAAACGAUUUGCCGAAUGAAUGCCAAUUUGCCGAUUGCAGUUUCCUUCACUCCAACACGUGCAGAGAACACCGUCUCAUUACUGCCUGCUGCUGUAAUCAGUUUCUAGCACAUAAAAAAUAAUAACCUUAUGUUAUAUAGUAUUAAUUCAGAUCGAGCGACUUUUUCAAGUGACUUCACUAAUUGUCGCAUUAUACAUUAUAUUUUAAAAAUACAAUACAAUUUAUUGUUAUUUAAAGAUUAUAUUUAUGGGAAAAAAAAUCUAAAAAAAAAAAAACAUAAUUAAUUUGAAAAAGAAAAAAUAUAUAGUAUUUUAUAUUUGUCAAUAAGUUUAAAAUAUUCGGUGCAUACCGCGGUAGUUCAGAAAACGUUCACUAUAUUUUAAUACAGUUUUCGAUUCUAUAUUUAUUUAAAUAACAAAAAAAAAAAAAAUUGCUUGAUACUUAAUAUAUUAUUAUGACAU